UAACAUAUACAAAUGGAGAACGAGGUGAGUAAGAUCUUAAUCUUGGGCGGAACUGGUUAUAUUGGCAAAUAUUUGGUGAAGGCAAGCGUCUUGUUGGGCCAUAAAACUUAUGUCUAUGGUCGCCCUAUCACCUCAAUAACUCCUCCACCCAAGCUACAACUCCACAGGGACUUCCAGUCCAUGGGAGUCACCAUUGUUCAUGGUGAAUUGAACGAGCAUGAAAAAAUUGUUGCCCUACUUCGCCAAGUAGAUGUAGUGAUCUCAGCUCUAGCUUACCCUCAGGUUCUUGACCAACUCAAGAUUAUAGAUGCCAUCAAAGUUGCUGGAAAUAUCAAGAGGUUCUUCCCGUCGGAUUUUGGGAUUGAAGAGGAUAGAGUGACUCCUUUACCACCAUUUGAAGCUUUUCUUGAGAAGAAGAGAAAAAUAAGAAGGACCAUAGAAGCAGCUGGGAUUCCCUUCACGUUUGUUUCUGCAAAUUGCUUUGGUUCUUACUUUGUCAAUUACUUGCUUCGUCCACGUGAGAAGAGACAUGAUGUUGAUGUCUAUGGCAGCGGUGAAGCAAAGACUGUUCUAAACUAUGAGGAAGAUAUCGCAAUUUACACCAUCAAAGCAGCGGAUGACCCAAGAACUCUGAACCGAGUUGUAAUCUAUAGGCCAGAGAAAAACAUCAUAUCUCAGCUUGAACUCAUUUCUCUGUGGGAGAAGAAAACUGGUCAGUCUUUGAAUAGAGUUCAUAUCCCAGAGAAACAAAUUGUGGAGCUGUCCGAGACCCUACCCGACCCACACAAAAUUCCAGUGGCUAUUAUUCACAGCUUGUUUGUCAAAGGUGAUAUGAUGAGCUAUGAACUAGAUAAGGAUGAUCUUGAGGCUUCAAAGCUCUAUCCAGACUUUGAAUACACUACUGUCGAUCGGCUUCUUGAUAUUUUCCUUGUUAAUCCUCCAGAGAUUCCAUUUGCCGCAUUUGAAUAAGCAAGGUUUCAGCUUUCAGUAUUAUUUUCUUCUUAUUUGUAAUACUCAAUUUAAAUCUAUAAUAAUUAAGAAUAAUUUAAAUUUUAA